GGCUCGGGCGGGGCCUCGCGGUACAAUGACGCUCUGACAAAGAGAAUCAGCCUUCGAUGUGACGGUGCGGCGCGGGCCGCCAUUUCAAAGCCGAGUAAACGCGCGAGGUUUCACGAUUUAAUAGACGGAUGUUUGUUUUUUAGAGUAAAGUGAAGAACGCUUUAUAUUUUAAAGGCUUGUCUAUUAGAAGAGCUCUCAAUCUCAUAAGAUGGAUGCCGACACAGAGCAGGUGGAGGAGACGACAGAGGUGACGGAGGCCACAGAAACGCCCUCGCAGGAGGAGCCUUCAUCUGACAGCAAGUUCAGGGGUCGCGGAAUGAAGUUUCGCGGCAGAGGUGGCCGAAUGGGCCGUGGGAUUCGUGGCGGACGUGGGAUGAUGAUGAUGAUGAAAGGCUUCAGACCACCGGGUCACAUGAGAGGCAGAGGCCGUGACGGGUUUACGAAUGGAUUUGGACCCAUGAGGAGAGGCAUGGGUAGGACGUGGCCGUAUCCAGACAUGCGCGGCCGUCGAGGUCGAGGCGGUCCGAUGGGAAUGAGCUUGGGUCCGCCGCCGCCGCCGCCACCUCCACCCAUGCACAUGAGAGGACCUCCUCCACACAUGCACAGGCAUGGCCCGCCUCCUCCUCCCCCCCCACCAGGGCACCCGGCCUUCAGAGGGCGUCCCCCACACCCGAGAGGGCGGAGCAUGAUGCCGCCCGGCCCGCCUCGCUUUUUCCACCCCAGAGGGGGUUAGACACCCUUUUGGAAGGCAGCCGGACACACGUAGGAGGCAGGACGAUCCCGUCUGUCCCUCCUCUCCUCCCCUGCCCCGCCCCCGCCGCUGUGAUGCUCCGCCCCCUCAUAACCACGGUGAGUUUGUCUUUUGUGUUCAGACCCUCUCUCUCUCUCUCUCUCUCUCUCUCUCUCUCUCUCUCUCUCUCUCUCUCUCUCUCUCUCUCUCUCUCUCUCUCUCUCUCUCUCUCUCUCUCUCUCUCUCUCUCUCUCUCUCUCUCUCUCUGAAAUAGAGCGGCUGACCUGUCAAUCACACUGAGAGGAAAUUACAAGUGAAAGUGUUUCCUCCAUCAUUAAAGCAUGUAUUGAUCUCAGUUGAACAUUAUAAAAUCAAUAUCUGUAGGUAAUAAUUGGUAGCAAGGUUUCAUUUGCGUUAACUAAAUGAGCUAACGAUGAACAGCAUCUUUAUCUUAGUUUAUGUGAAUUAAGGCUUGAGGAACCAAAGUCUCAAUUAAUGUUUCUUCGGCUUUGAAAUUUUGUAGACACUUUACAUUAGUUAAUGCAUUAACUAGCAUUAUCUAAUAAUAAGCAGUACAUUUGUUAGUUUUUAUUCAUCUUUGUUAGUGUUAAUAAAAAUACUAGUGCUGUCAAAUUGAUUAAUCACAUGUAAUGUGUGUGUUUGUGUAUAUAAUAUAUAAAUAUAAUAAUUUAUAUAAAGACACACAUUAUGUAACCACAACCUUUAAGGUGCAAUUAAUCGAUUUGACAGCACUAAAAAAUACUUUUCAGUUCCAUUAAAAAAUAUGGUAACACUUUACAGUAAGAUUUCAUUUGUUUACAUUUAAUGCAUUAACCUGAAUUAAGCAAUAUAUUCUUACAGCACAUUAUUAUUAAAUAAAAAUGUUAAUGUUUAAAUAAAUAUUUUUUAUAAAAAAAGUGUAAUAUUAACAGAUGCAACUUAUGAUUUUAAUAAUGUGUUAGUAAAUGUUAAAAGUUACUAAGAAAAUAAAGAAAUGCUUGUUUUUGUUGUUUUUCAUUGUUCAUGUUAACUAAUGGAACCUUAUUUUAAAGCGUUUCCUAAAUAUAAAAUGGUAAUUUCUUCAUAAAACUUAAAAUAGUGUAGAAUGCAUUAUAUAUUUUUAUAUAUAAUUGUAACCAAAGUUAAAAUGCAGCAUUGCAUUAUAGUAUUUCCAAAUUCCUUGUUACAACUUAAGGUUUUUAAUGCAAACAAUGAAUGGAUAAAUGUUUUAAUGCACUGUAUUAUCUGAUAUAUAUUAUAAGGCAUAAUUAAUGCAUUAAAACAUUUACGAUGCAUUUUAUAUAUAUAUAUAUAUAUAUAUAAUAUGCUUCAAGUAAAGUGUUAAAAGAAAAGCAUCAGAGGUGUUUUUGGUCGCUUCAUAACUCACAUAAUCUCAUUUGCAUUGUUCUCCAAUGUGUAUAAUAGUCAUAGCCACGAAUACACAUUUCACAAUAUCAUUUUUGAGGCACGUUCAAAGAUUCUCCAGAGGGUUUUGCCAAGAUCAAAUUAUGUGUCGUCCAUCAUUUUUACAGCGAUGAACAGCUGCCAUAAAAAAUCAAGACAGUUUUUCAGACAGAAAGAGCUCAAAUAUCUGCAGCUGGAAGACGAGCUGCCUGAAACUAAUGCAAUGUUAGUUUUUAUCUCUAUUUUUAUCUUAUCUAAAUGUUUAAAUGUUUGAAUUCUGUUGACCGGGAUUCUGUUUUACUCCCUAUAACAAAUGUGUUUGACAUCUUGCUGUUUUGUGUUCAUGAUCUCUGUAUGGGAGAGACACGAGUGAGCGGUGAGUCAUGUGACUGCUCUGGUUCAGAGGAAUGAGUCAUUUGGUUUGUGCAGCAGGACUGCGCAGACGCAGACGGACCAGAGGAGCCGUAAGUAACACACUUCAGCUGGACUGUGUGAUUCAUUCACACCAUCAUCUUCAGCUCAUUUUCAGUGUAAACAGAUCUAGAUCUAUAGCUUCUCAGAUACUGAUGUCAUUAGUUUUUCUCUUGCAUUAAAGGGAAAGAUGUUUCUGCAAA